AUGGAAAGAACGCAGACACGCCGCAUCAAUGAGGAAGUCAUCCGAAAAUUCAGCACGUCAGAAGACGAAAUACUAGCAGAUAAAGUCAACAUUGACCUGUCCAUGGACAGUGCGUACGAGUGGUCUAUUCAAGUCAGAAAGAAGCUUAAGAAGUGGCAUGUACAAGACCUUGUCAAUAUUAAACUCCCUCAUCCUCCUAAGGACGAUUCCACAACCUGGCAGAAUUGGAAAUAUCUAUCUGGUUGCGUCAAAAUCUACAUACUUCACAACAUACCAAAGGGGUAUAUCUUCGACCCUCGGUUUACCCAGCAGUCCACAGAAUACGCCGACAUUCUAUAUGAGACCUGCCUCCGGAUCGCCGUGACUCCCAUUGCUGAAAACCUAGCGAUACGGUACAGGGGUCUGAUGGACUUCAGCCAAAGCGCUCCCCAUGUUCUAUACAAGGAUGAUAUCGAGUUGUUAGCAAGAAUAGUUUCGUCGUGCAACGAGCUGGAUUCAACGUUUAUUUCGCCUCUUCAGGCUACUUGUAUUUUGCUUUCACGACUUGCAAAACGAAAUUCAGAAGGGAAGAACUACGCCGAAAUUGUCUUUGCAAGAAUCACACCCAAGGACGCCUCGAAUAUGACCUGGGAUGACUUUAAUGAGCUUUGGAAGGAACUUCUUUAUUGGAAAAUUCCAUGA